AUGCUCAAGAAAAAUGCUCCAUCAUGGGGAGAGAAACAGGAUGAAGAAGUCAGAAAAAUAAAGGAGAUAUCUAAAAAUGUCAAGUCUCUCUACAUCCCUUCAGAUGGAAAGAAGAUACUGCAAACUAUUGCUAGCAAUGAAUAUCGGAGUGCUGUUCUAUUUGAAGAAAAAGAUGGCCAUAGGAAAUUAUGCGGAUACGCCAGUGGAAAGUUCAAAGAUUCCGAGCAACUUUAUCACUCCACUUUCAAGGAAAUUCUUGCAAUGAAUAUGAAGGCCAUCCCAAAGAUGUUCCAGAUAAAUGCAAACAUUAUUUCCAAUCCUCAGCUUCUCAGAUGGGCUCAAUGGUUCUCUCCAUACAAAUUUCAAGUCAAUCACCUGAAAGGAAAGGAUAAUAUUCUCGCGGAUUUUCUAUCUCGACUAGAAGAAUUCUCAAAAAGAUUUUUCCCAGCAAAACUGAAGUCACAACAAUAG